UGGCAGUGGGGUGGGGGCGGGGGCUGAUCUCCGUCCUCCCCUUUGCAAAUAGUAUGGUCCACCCAGGCUCUUCCCUUCUUCUCUGCCCCUCUCUUCCUUCCCCUUCCCUUCUCUCUCCGGCUCUGCUAAGUGUCAGCUGCGGGAACUUGUUGGCAAUGCCUAGUCUUCAAUCCCCACCAAGGUUUUCCAAAGUAACUAUUUAAUAUCUACAAUCUCCAAUGGUUUUAUUCAAUGUAGGAUGGGACUUCAGUUGAACGGCAGAUAUAUUAUUCUGGUCCUUGCUGUGCAGCUAGGUGAGUGAACUGCAUACUGUUAAAUGGAACGUGAGAUCGAACGUUGGCGAAUCUGUCCCUGUAGACGUCUGUCUAGUUUGUAGAAUAAAUUUACAAAAAAACGCAGGAGAAUUAAUAAGGAUUGGAUUUUAUAGUCCUGGUAAAAUGGGAUUUGUAUGAAGAACUCGGUUUCCAUUGUAAAUCUGAGACAUAUUGCAUUAUGUAGCGUGAAUUCUUCAUUGCUUGCUUUAAAUCUGCUUGGUGUAUCUUAAAAUGCUUGAAACCAAAACAAAUAAUCUGAGUGCAUGCACUGGGUGCAGGUUAAAAAACAACAGACCUUCCUAAUACUGUAACUAAAUCCGUGCAGAUCUAAUGGAAACAGGCAGUCAUUACAUUUGUGUAGAUCUAAAGGAAAUGGGGAAUGGUUUACAUGCAUGAAUUUCUAAAGAAAAAUACAAAUUCAUGACAAAUUCAUGAAUACAGAUCUGUGGGAAAUAUGCAAUCAUUUAAUUCAUAUAGAGCUAAAGGAAAUAUGCAUCGGUGCAACUCAUGCUGAUCUAAAGGAAAUAUGCAAAAAAAAUAAAAAAAAAUCUAAUGAAAGUAUGAAAGCUAAUAUAAAAAAAAAAGAAACAAUUUGUAGUAUUGUAUUUUUAUAGCACAACAUAGACUCACUCAGCUAGAAAUAUAUAGCUUUUUCGUGUGCCGAGAAUCCGUUUAUUCUGUGUGCUGCAAAACAACCGACUGUCCUAAAUUACACCAGUUGUAGUGUCAUUUUAAAUGAAAGAAAAUCAAAUGAAAAAAAAAUGUAUAUUAUAUCUAAUUAAAUAAAAGCUUGAAAGGAUCUCGUUUUUGUUUUCUUCUGUUAGGUCUUAUAUUUGUAAGGUUAAUUAAAAAAUAUCGUAUGCUGGAAUGAAUUUUUGGUGCAUUAAGAAGUAAAAGUAGAUAGACAAACAGACAGACAGAUUUUCCAUAGAAUUUGAAUGCAAUAAUUUGUUAGGUUUUAUUUUGUAUUUGCUGUGUUUAUGUCAUUUGACCUGUGUGUACAGACUGGUAUAAGGAUUAUAGUACGGUUUAUGAAUGGGCAUAGUCAGAUCUUAUUAGUUUUCUUCCAUACAGAGUGACUAUGCCUUUAAAAACACUGCUCAUACUUCAGUGUAGGCUAUUCACUGCGACAGUAGCUGCUGGAACCCGCUAUCCUUGGCACCUCUCCUCUCUAACCCUGUGACAAAUGGGCCCCAGUGACAGAAGCUCUCACACUUACUAAGUACAACAAUACACUUAUCUGGCUGAGGAACCUGCAGGAUCUUGUCUGAAUUCAGUGUGUUGCCACACAGCUCUGUACAUCCUUGUUGCCCAGCUGACAGAAUAGAAAAUAUUCAAUUAGCACUUCCACUAAAAAAAAAAAAAAAAAGUAUACAAAUGAAGACAUGCAAUUAACACAGCUCUGGUGCUUAACAAGGUAGAAUCCCAGAGAAUAAUCCCAGCUAAUGAAAGCAUGGAUAAUAAGUGAGGAAGAAUAGCUCCUUUUCCCACUUCAAGUGACUAUAGAUACUGUAGAUGCUAUUGGCUGUGAAGAAAGUAUCUGGUUUUUAUUCUCAUCUGUACAAUUCCUGUACCCUUGUGACUUUGAUCUGAGGCGUUAAAAUUGACUUUACACCAGUAAUGGCAUUAGUGACUAUACAGGAAGUCAGCAACACAUCUGAGAGAGCUUGUUAAUUAUAAAAAAAAAAAGGAUGUCUGCAUCUACAAGACAGUCUUAUUAUCUCAAUACAGGGCUCACAUUCUGACAUGUCAAUGGAUUUCAUUUACUGCAGGGACUUUGUUUAUUCAUUUUAUUGCAUUUUAAAUCUCUCCAUUUUGAUGAGUUUUGCUUAAUGAAACUGAGUAUUGUGCAUAUAAGAUUGAAAAUAGUGUCUCUUUUUUUUUUUUUUUUUAAAUAAAUGCAUUUUUUUCGAACUAUGCUUGACAUGAGCAAGAAUUAAUUUAUUUAUGGAUAUAAAUAUUAUAAUAUUAAAAACAUGUCUAUACUAGGAAAAAAAAUUAUAAUUUUAAAUAGGUUUUCAAUUAGAAAAAUUCACAAAUAUAUUUGUGUAUACUUACCACACUUUUGAGAAGAAGAAAAAAAAAUCUAUCUAUAUAUAUAUAUAUAUAUAUUAUAUAUAUAUAUCAAUUAUAAAACUAUACAUACAUUCUAACAAGUAUCUAACAGUAAUAUAAAUACAUAUCGAUGCAAAUUCCCCAUUCUAGAACAUAUGAUCUUCAAUGCUCUAGAUUAAAAAACAAUAUAUUUACAUCCCCUCCCCUCCCAGAACACAUAUGCAUACCCUUAAAAAAGGACCCUGCGGUAUACAAAGCACACAUGGGUGAACAUGGGGUACACUGGGGUAACUACACAAGGGUGCAUUAUAAUUUUCGACAUAAUUUGUAAAACGAUUGAGGUGCUUUAGAGGGUGUGUUCAUCGCUGUGCUUUCUGGAUACAAAUCUAUAGCAUGAUUGUCUGGUAAUUAUUCUGCAAAGUUAUAUUCCGUGUUGUUUUAUCAUAUUAUAGUAUUUGAAGAUGCAUGAAUUGAUUUCAUGGUGUUAUGAUGUAUUGGGGCAACUCGUUGGUUAAAAAAAAAUCCUUUGGCAAAUAGAUAUUUUGUUAAGUAGGUUUUGCUAGACUGUUACUGUUGACUGGCUCAGAUCUCACCCAGAGCAGAUUCUUUUUCCCUAGAAGAGUUCUGCUUGGCAGAUAUAUCUUGUAGCAUUAUGGCUCUUUUCGUUAUCAAGUGUGUGGGGUGUAGUUGAACCUGUGACAGCUUUGAAUGCUGUUUGUCAGGAGACAUUUGCGAAUUCAUUAACUAUUUCAUUCAUAGUCUGGAGGAGUAUAGAGCAACCUCUUCAUUCAUGGGUAUAGUGCGUUUAAAUGUCCUGAUUGGCAAGAGAAGAGAAUCAGAGCUCAGAAGAGUUAAUUCAUGCAGUGGCACUCACCUCCUGUAUUUAUUGUAAGAAACAUGUCUGCCACAAGGCUGCACAUGCGCAGAUAAUGCAGAAACAUUUUGUAGCAGUGAUCAUUUGUGCAGAUAAGACAAUGGUGUAAGAGCAGUUGGUGUCUAUAAAAAAUAGUGUGUUUAUGUGGAGUUAUAAUCACUUGCUCUUGACUUGCUGGCCCUGGGCUAAUGGUUUUAUAUAUAUUAUAGUUUCCACUCCACCUACAGUAGUGUAAUUCAUUUGGAAGCAUGGGAGUGGGGGUGGGGGGAUUUGGGACUACCUUGACUUUAGAGUAAAAACCAAUGCAAGAGGGUGGAUCUCAGAGUACUGCAGAUUCCUUUCUCUUAAUUCAUACAUAGUAAGUGGGUGUCACCUUUCAAUCUGACAUCUCUCUCUUUUUUAAUCAAUUAUCUAUGUGCUAUGCACCAUGAUUUAAUAAGAAGAAGAUCUUUAGGUGGAUUUUAGUUGUGACUUCCUUGAUCUGAAUAUUUCUGGGGAUAGAGGGAAACAGGUUAUAUAUUAUUUCUAAGGCUAAAUUUGAAACUCAAAUGAGUGAGUUAAUAACUUCCAUUUUCUGACAAAAUAAAAAUAAACACAAACUAUAUUUUAACCUGAAUGAUGAAAAACACAAAUCACUAAAAUACAAACGACUUAUCAACGACUUGUUUUACAUAGUGUGUGUGUAAUUUUCUAAUUAGAUAACAAUUCCCUGGCACUCAUGUAGAUAAAUUAAAUGCUUUAAAUGCACCAUUUUCUAUACAACAUUCGUUUAAUUUCAAUCCACUAAACAGCAAGUAGUGAAAUUAUAAACAGCAAAUUGUAUGUCAAAAUAAUCUAACAAAAAUAAUGUCCCACUACCAGUCUUUAUGUGGUCAAAUCACUGUUUAGUGAAUAAACCCUGAGGGUUUUUGUUUUUUUCACAGACUGGCCCUAUGGACGCCUUUCCCACUCUAAAAACAAAAGUCAGGAAAUAUAUGAAAUACUUAACCUUUUACCCAUCUGUGUUUGAUCUGCCCUGUGCUCUUUUUAUAAAAGAUGCUGGAAAAUCAUGUGGUAAUGCACACAUGCAUUUUUAAUGCUAACGCUCCAUCACUUACAACACUCGUUAAAAAAAAAAAGUGCUUGGAAAGAAAAAUAUAUCAACAAAUAACACAACAAUAAAGAUCUAACAUUUAGAGUGCCAGAGAGCUUUCCCUCUGAUAAUGGCUAUUGACAGUAUGCAGGUGCCAUGAUAUAGCAAAGUAAGAUUUUGUUGCUUUAUCUAAUCAGACACAAUGCACCUGUAGGCUGGCUUAGUGUCAUGGGAGUGGUAGACCAUAAAGUAAAUCAGUCGUCCACAUAUCUGCUGAAUACUCUGCAUCUGCACUCAGGUGAUAUGUGAGUCUAAUAUGCAGAGCAGGCAUGCAAUGCAGAUGGCUUACAUCCUAGUCUAGAAAAUGGUAACCAGUUCUUACGUGGCAUACAGUUUGAUCACUGCAGUAUGUAUGCUGUUACAUUGAAAUUAUCUCCAUCCCUCUGGAAACCAAUAGAAUGUUACGUCUCUAACUGUGCAAUAUCCGAAAUAAGCUCUUAAUAGAAAACUCUUUUAACAGCGACUUGGGAAACAUAAAACAAAAACAACAACAACAAAAAAUGGUUUAAUUUCACUGAAACAAAAAAUAUAUAUAUAUAAUAAAAAACAGUUUUAAUCUUCCUUUCUUAACAGUUAUUUAAUUUGGUGGAGAAGGUGCUAUUUUAUCCUUGUCUGGUGUAUUGAACUGUAACUGUGUGUACUUAUUUUUAUUUUUAAGGUCUAAGAAUGUUUUAUCAUAUUGUUUGCAUUUUUGUAGUGGAUUUAAAUGGUUACAGUUUAACAAUUUAUGUAUCACUUCUGUCAUUUUUGUCCCCAUAGACCCUGGAAGAUACGAGAUAAAAAGUCCCACUCUUCUAUAAGAGUUUUCAAAGUAGUACACACAUAACAUAUAUUCAGAUAUCGACUUUCUGUCUGUGUACACAUUUAGCCACCCCUACUAGAAGCAUUGACUGUAAAAUGUAUAUGUUUUGAAGUCCAUCCGCUUAAGAGGGAGUUUUGGUCGGUAUUUUGAUCAAAUCACCACAGUAAACCAUUAGCUAUUCAAUUGAGCUAACAAUUCACUUAUUAAACACCCUUCGAGUAUUUUUAUUGUGCUUUAAUGUUGCAUUCUUGAUAUGAUAAAGAGAACAUGCAGAAUUGUUUGGAACUAAACCAUUUCAUGCUCUGAAAUACUUAAAGUAAAAACUAUGCUGAAACAAUUGCAGUGACAGAUACAAAGAAUACAGAAUUGACUAUGCCUAAGGUUUUAUUCACUAAACAGCGAUUAUUCUUUUUUUUGUGAUUCCAAAUUCUAAUUACCAAACUGAAGCCAAAAUAGCUGAUAUUAAUUUUUUUUUACAUAUUUACUAAGUUUAGCAAUUCGGUCAUUACACUUUACUGUUAAGUAAAUAAAACUGCUAGAUUUAACUUGAUUUACAGUUUCUGCAUUUUAUAAUGGAAUAUAUGUAAAAUGUUAAUGUGUAGGCCAGGGGUAGGCAACUUCAGUUGUGGACUACAACUACCAUGAUGCUUUGCCAGCAUUAUGGCUGUAUUCGCAUUAACGGGAGAUGUAGUUCACAUCUGGUUGCCUGCCCCUGGUGUUGGCUUUACUGGGAGCUGUCCUUCUGAUGUGGUGCUGAUCUGUGUCCCCAGCUUACCUGGUGCAGGCUGUAAGGUCAGCAGGGAAGUGCGAUGCGCUCUUUGAGGGAUUCUCCAAUUGUAUGAUCACCAUGGGCAAGCAAGUGGAAAGCUUUUCACAAGGCCUCGACCAAGAAAAAGACAUCAAUACUGUUUGCACGUAAGCCUCUCUGAUUUUCAGUUUACUGUUGUUGUUGUUGUUGUUGUUGGACAGGGUGUACUAACAGCUGAUAUGGUUUACCUUGAUAACCAUGGCUAAGCUUGGCAUCCCAGAUGUUUGUGAAUACUAAGGCUGGCUGAGCGUGAUGAUGAAUGCAUAUCACAAACCUCUGGUGUGCCAAGGUUAACCAUCACUGCCUUGGAGGGCCCUGUAUUCCACCACUGGUGGCUGUCCUUGGUACUGCAGGAGCUUGUGAAUUAUAUUUCUGCAAUGCCAAUGAUAACCAUGGCAGGGGCCCUAAACCUUUCACAUUUCAUGAAUUAUCUUGAUACCUGGGUAUGAAAGGUACGUACACAACAAAAUGGCCUCUCUCACCCUAAAUUCCAUGUUUUCCUUGGACCAUACAGCCUGCUUACAAUUUCGAUCCAGCUGUAUGGAUUUCAUACACUAAUAUACAACAAAGCACUCGAUACAUUUUAAACAAGACUAUGCUCUGGAACACGUGGAAUAUGUGGUAACAUAAAAUGGAGUGCAGUCAAUAUUUGUUUGCAGAUAGUUUGCAAAUAUAUUGAAGGCAUGUUGCAAUCAUGUUUGAGUGUUUUCAAGUGGCAAUACUGUUUGUAGCUCAGAAAAAUUGAUAUGUUUAUACUAAGCAGAAGAACCUCAGCAGCUGCUUUUACGAACUAGUUGUGUAUUUGUGUUUAUUAUGUGUGUGUUUGUGUGUGUUUGUGUGUGUGUGUGUGUGUGUGUGUGUGUAGAAGGGUGCAUGUGUGUAUAUUAUUGUGUGUAUAUAUGUUUAUGUUUGUUGGUAUGUAUGUAUGUGUGUGUGUGUGUGUUGUAUAUGUGGGUGUGCAUAUGUGACUGUAUUUGAGUGUCUGUGCGUAUAUGUGUGAGUUUAUCUGCACGUGUAUCUACAUCACAAUGCAGACAUCUAUGUCACCAGAACAUAACCUAGUAAGCAUGCUUUGCCCUACAUUAAUUUAUAGUACAACUCCCAUUCAACAUCACCCACCAGUACUAUUUAUUUACCUAGUACAACUAACGAUAUGUCAGCCUGUUUUGAUAUGAUAUGAUUGAUUAAUAUAAUAAUAAUAAUAAUAAUAAUAAUAAUAAUAAUAAUAAUUACACUGCUCUAUUAGUAUGCUGGAUCUCUUCAAUCCCAUUUUUUGAGACUUUGUCAAUGUAAAGUUGAUAAAAAUGCAUCUGAAUCAAAGCGUAUUUGUACGUGAAUUUUACACUUAAAGAUAUAUUCAAACAGCCAGGAUGAAAAAAAUAUUUUAUAAUGAUUACAAAAUAUUAAUAAAAGAAAAUAUAUGAUUCCUAUGGAAUCCCUGAAGAUCACGAUCAUUCGAUGGAUAUAUGUAUAUUUAACUUCGCAUAAGUAAAAAAGUAUAAAUUUUAUGUUGCC